UUUAAGGUGGGAAAAGCCCGGAUGUCAAGACCGCGCGUAGACCGCGGAUCAAAGGAACUAGCCGCUGAGACCCCUGGGAGACAGACCGCGCGGGAGUGCGCAGGCGCGGACUACUGGCUAGUGGCCGAAGGUGAGGCCAUUGGGUAGUGCUGGCGCGAAGGGGCCAGUCGGUAGUAGAAAUCGGUUCAGGAAGCCAAGGAGGGAGGCAGGAGCCAGGGUGAAAACCAAGAAAAGAAAGAUACCAGGACCGAGGAAAACGGUGAGGGAAGCGAGAGUCCAGGCCCCAGGAAAGACAAGAAGGGAAGUAAGAACCUAGGAACCUGGAACGCCAGCUGGAAGCAAUGGAGCGAGGAACCCGGAGCCUGAAGCUGUUGUGAACUCAGCAAGGGCAGGAAUUUUGCCUUUUUUUCCCCUUCUCCCAGGAAAUCCAAGCGUCUGGAGUGCAGCUUGACACAACAGGCGGGAUAUUUGAGUGGCUUUUGUGCCUAUGUUUAUGAGUGGGAGAAGUCUACCUUAAUGUGACGUGGAGCUGAUUAUUUAAGAAAGUGUGUGACUAAUCUCCAGCUCAAAUGGAUUAGGAGCUGAAAAAGGAGAAAGUCAAAAGUCAGGAACAAGAGGAGGCUAACAUGACGUGGUAGCACUAUAAUUUAGUGAAAGUCAUCUCUUACCUUCUGAGAGAACCUUCUUCUGGGAACUUCCAGAUACACAGCCUUUUCUCCAGCUGCUGUCUCAGUGCUUCCUCUGGGCAUGCAGUGGCUCACCUGCCCUGGUGGAUCUUGUUCAGUCAGUCCUCUUGGAUAGGAUCCAUAACACCCCAGGUAGUCUCCAUUUAUGGGGUGCUCAUCUAAGUUUAAGGAAUUAAACCCAGGACCUCAUUCAUUCUAGACGAGCACAGUGCUACAACUAUGCUAUACUUCCAGCACUUAAAUUGUAUUUUUGUGAACUGGCCCUUCUCUAAAAGAGAAGCCCAAAGGAAAGACUGGUCAUCUCUUCCAAAUCUAAGAAUGAUGGCUCAGGGGUCAGUAUCAUUCAAAGAUGUGGCUGUGGACUUUAGUCAGGAGGAAUGGCAACACCUAGAUUCUGCUCAGAAGACUCUAUACAUGGAUGUGAUGUUGGAAAAUUAUUGCCACCUCAUCUCUUUGGGGUGUGACAUGACCAAACCUGAUGUGAUCCUCAAAUUGGAGCAUGGAGAAGAGCCAUGGACGUCAUUUGCAGAUCAUGCCUGCUUAAAAGAAAACUGGAAAGCUGAAGACAUUUUAAUGAAAUUCAAGGAACACCAAGAUCAGUAUUCUAGAUCAAUUGCAUACAUUAACCACAAAAAACUGAUAAAGGAGAAUAGUACUGUAUAUGAAAAGACAUUUACCUUAGUCAAAAAGCCUGCUAGUCUAAAAAAUCUACCUCCUAAAUAUGACACUCAUGAAAAGACUUUGGAAAAUGUUUCAGAAUUAAAAAUCUGUAAGCUAAGUCCUGUAAGAAAAAGACUUAAUGAGUAUAAUGAAUAUGGGAAAUCAUUCCUUAAUACUAAGCAAGAAACAGUUCAUCCCGAAAUCAAAUCCCAUAAUCAAAGUGGUAGGGUUUUUAGUAACAAUGAUGUAAUUAUGCAGUAUCAGAAGAUGGGAACUCCAACAUGCUCAUUUGCAUAUGAUGACUGUGAAAAAACAUUCCUUAAAAAGGGAGGCUUGAUUACACCUAAUAGAAUAUAUAGAGGAGAAAACCCAUCUAUUUAUAAUAAAAGGAGAAGAGCAACCAAUAUUGAAAAAAAACAUACCUGCAUUGAAUGUGGGAAAUCUUUCUGCAGGAAGUCAGUAUUGAUACUUCAUCAGGGAAUUCACACAGAGGAAAAACCCUAUCAAUGUCAUGAAUGUGGAAAUGCAUUUAGAAGGAAGUCAUAUCUCAUUGACCAUCAAAGGACUCACACAGGAGAGAAACCCUUUGUUUGUAAUGAAUGUGGUAAGUCCUUUCGCCUAAAGACAGCCCUCACUGAUCAUCAGAGAACACAUACAGGGGAGAAAUCCUAUGAGUGUCCACAGUGUAGGAAUGCCUUCAGAUUGAAGUCACACCUCAUUCGUCAUCAGAGAACACACACAGGAGAGAGACCGUAUGUGUGUAAUGAUUGUGGGAAGUCCUUCCGCCAGAAGACAACUCUCUCUUUACAUCAAAGAAUUCAUACAGGAGAGAAACCUUAUAUUUGUAAAGAAUGUGGAAAGUCCUUUCACCAGAAGGCAAACCUUACUGUACACCAGAGGACCCAUACAGGAGAGAAGCCUUAUAUUUGUAAUGAAUGUGGAAAAUCUUUCUCCCAAAAGACAACUCUCGCUCUUCAUGAGAAAACUCAUAAUGAAGAGAAACCUUAUAUUUGUAAUGAAUGUGGAAAAUCCUUCCGCCAGAAGACAACCCUUGUAGCACAUCAGAGAACACACACAGGAGAAAAAUCUUAUGAAUGUCCUCACUGUGGGAAGGCCUUCAGGAUGAAAUCAUAUCUCAUUGAUCACCACAGAACUCAUACAGGAGAAAAACCUUAUGAAUGUAAUGAAUGUGGGAAAUCCUUCAGUCAGAAGACAAAUCUCAAUCUACACCAGAGAAUUCACACAGGGGAGAAACCUUACAUCUGUAAUGAAUGUGGGAAGUCUUUUCGCCAGAAAGCAACCCUCACUGUACAUCAGAAAAUACAUACAGGACAGAAAUCCUAUGAAUGUCCUCAGUGCGGGAAAGCCUUUAGCAGGAAGUCGUAUCUAAUUCAUCAUCAAAGAACUCACACAGGAGAGAAACCUUACAAAUGUAAUGAAUGUGGAAAGUGUUUCCGACAGAAGACAAAUCUCAUUGUUCAUCAAAGAACUCAUACAGGUGAAAAACCUUAUGUUUGUAAUGAAUGUGGUAAAUCCUUCAGUUAUAAGAGAAACCUGAUCGUCCAUCAGAGAACUCAUAAAGGAGAAAACUUGGAAAUGUAGUAGGUCAAGCAAUUUCUUUGUGAAGUCUUUCCAAGCUAUUGUAAUCAUUUAGUUUAGAAAUAAAAGCAUGGGGCCAGGGAUUUAGCUCAGUGGCAUAAGCGCCUGCCUUGCAAGCAGGCAGUCCUGAGUUCGGUCCCCGGUACUGAUAAAAAAAAAAAAAGAAAGAAAGAAAAGCAUGCUAAACAUGUUCAUGUGAUUUUAAUCACAAAUGUAGUAAUAGUUAUUACAGUUUCUCACUAUAUAACUAUUUACUGUUUCAAAGCAUAAGAAAAGGAUGUGAUCAUUGUUACUGAACUCAGCCAUCUGUAAAGCUAGUUUUUAGCUAUUCCUGCUGACCCAAAUGCUUUUUAAAAAAUAUUUAUAUAAUACAUGCAAAAUUAUCAGAAUUAAGCUCUAUAAGAGAAAGAAGCUAUAAACUAAUUCUCAUUGUAUUCUGUAUAAAUUGUAAUUAGUUAUUUCUUCGCCAGAGAUGACUACUUCCAUGACUUAUAACUUUUACACAUCUUUAAACUAUACAUAUAUAUAUGUAUAUAUAUUUUAACAUAUGUAUAUAUAUUUUAACAUAUAUCAUGAAUUUUUUUCUGUCCUGCUUUGUUUCACUGAACAUUUUAAAGAUUUGAACAUUACUGCAUGUGGCAGUAGUGUAUUCAUUUUCUAUACUAUUUCAAGGAUAUACUGCUAUUUAUCCUAUAGACGGAUAUUUGUAUUUUUUUAUAAUUUUAUGUUAAAAUAUUGCUAUAAAUGUUCUUGGUUAUGUC